AUGGCCACCAUCUCCCAUAACCACGUUAAAUACCAGGCCCGACUAGACUUCAUACAAGCCGUUCUCCAGGAACGAUUUGGCCUCAAGGAAAAAGCUGAGGUUACCCCCAUUCAAUGCGACCCAGAAUGCCCUUUCAAAUACAACAACUUUGUCAACCGUGUUUACUUCAAUGAACCUAUCAUAGCGACCAACGAUGGGCCUGGACAGCCUGGCUGUGUCCCCAUUCCUGAUGAUACCAAGGAGCUUAUAUUCCGCCUCGCCAACCCUGAUGCUGAGGGCAUGAUACGGACAACCUGCAUUGAAAAUGAAGUCGCCACCACUGCACUCGCCUCUGCUGCUCUCGCUGGUUUUGUUCCACAAAUAGCACCGUUUGUGUACGCCUGGGGGAGCGCUUCUAUUGAGUCGUCUGGAUACUUUUGUCGAGCGUGGUUUGCCGAUACAAUUCGAACAUCUGGACUCAAAGCAAGAUCGAGCGCUAACAUCAUCCUAUUCGAUCCCAAAUCCAACCGCAUCACAGCACUCAUCGACUACGAUUUCGCGUGUAUGUCCCACCCCUCAUACGAAUUCCUUCGCUCCUUUGACGGAGCCGGUGGCCAGUUCAGAGGUUGGUCUACCGAUGAAGCUAAUGAUGGCAUGGCUUUACGACACGCAAAACUGCAUGGGUUUCCAUCCCCACUUCCGCCGACAACAAAGGACGGAGUCAAAUGGGACAUCGUGAAAGCGUGGGAGGAUGAACUGGAAAAGCUAAAUGUGAAGAUACCGAGAAACAUGAGGGGAAUUGAUAAGGUCGCUGAUGUUGACACGGUCCAAGAAAUAUAG